CGAUGGUUUGUCACAGACGGUGUCACCAGCUCUUUGUCUGGUGCUUCUUGUAUGCAGGGAAAACGACUCCUUCAUGUCUCCCCUCCCUCCGCCUCCUCCCCCUCCCUCCGUCUUCUGCAGGGAGGUGGUGCGGAGUGCACAAGAAGCAGAAAGUCUCCCACACCACAGGAAAAGCUCAUCCACCAUAAAGCAUGACUCUGGUUUUCUGCAGUGACUUGCAUUAGAAGUAUGUGAGCAGGUGUCCUCGGCUCGGUUCUUGAAGGAGAAAACAAACCUGAGCGACGUGGGAUUUAUUCCACGCUCAUCUUCAAUUCCCUUCACAGGUGGAAGCUGCUCAGCAUCAUCAUCUCUCACAUUCAGGUAGUCUUCAAGGAUGCACUUUGGAAGAAGCAGCGUCGGCCCUGCGGAGCCCGUCCUCAGCAGACGAGACGGCGCCGUGGGGAACAGCGAUGAUCAACGGGUCCUCGCCGCAAAGAACACAAACAACUGCAACAACAAUGACGG